AUGCAGCUUCUUCGCAUUACGAUAUUCACCUUCCUCGCCGGCUACGGCCUCGCUGUACCAACCACGCAAAAGGUCUCCAGGUCCGCGCAGGAAGUCGACCCGUUGAUUGCAGCGGGUAAGAAGCCGCCCAUCAACUUGUCCUGGGAGUACUGCCAGAAAACGUGCGACUGUACAAAGUUUGACAAGGACGAGGAUUAUGAUCGGUUCUUUCAAUGCUUUACGAAUCCAAACUGCGAAGAGUGCGCGCGUAAGGGUAUGACCCGUUCAUUCAGCUGA